AUGAAGUUCAAGAAGGUGUUGAUGAAUGAGUUUGAGAUGACUGAUUUGGGAAAUAUGGUAUAUUUUCUAGGAAUGAAGAUUAUGUAUUUUAAGAAGGGUAUCAUUUUGCAUCAGCUGAUGUAUGACCUUGAACUUCUGAAGAGAUUCGAGCUGAAAAAUUGUAACACUGCAAUCACACCUUCUGAAACAAAUCACAAGUUAGAUUCUAAUGUUAAGGGUGAUGAUAUAAAUGUUACAACUUUUAAACAAUUGGUUGGCUCAUUGAAAUAUCUCUAUAACACCAUAUCUGCCAUAUGUUAUGUAGUUGGAAUAGUAAGUAGGUUUAUGAAUAAACCAAAGUGGUCACAUUACCAAACUUCUAUUAGGAUACUAAGGUACAUUAAAAGGACUCUGAGGUAUGGAGUGUUGUUCCAUUCUGGUGUUAAAUCUGACUCAGAGCUAUUAUGCUAUUCAGAAUCUGAUUGGUGUGGAGACAGAGUUGACAUAAGAAGUACUUCUGGAUAUUUUUUCAAGUAUCUGGGAGAUCCUAUCUCUUGGUUCUCCAAGAAACAACUAGUGGUUGCAUUGACAACCUAUGAAGCUGCGUACAUUGUAGGUGCUUUAUCUGUGUGUCAAGCUAUUUGGCUUAUAAAUUUAUUGUAG